ACUUCGUGUCCUCCUUUCUUCUCUUGUGAAUCUUUGCUCACGGCCACUUGUUCAGAUCUUCAUUCAAGAAUUCAAUGACGACCAUCUGACGACCCUUCCUUCGACAUUUUUCCAAUCCCAUCUUCUGACAACAAUUGACGACAAGCUCUCCUGCCAAGCGCCGGUUUCUUGGACCCACGGAUCGAUUGGGAUCGAUUUGCUGAAACAAGCGCAAUCAUCUCAAAGCCUACGAGGAAUCGGACAAUAAAGCAGACUACCUCUUUCUCCUCAGAAAAGACUAGCUACUAUGGGAUUCAUUUCUUGGCUGAUCACGCAUCUUGCGCCGGUCUUUCUUGCUACGUCGCCUGUCACCAGCUAUGCCGAUCAAAUCUACUCGAUUCAUCGUUCGAGGUCGUCGGCCGGUUUCUCGCUCGACAUACCCCUCAUCAUGCUGGUAGCGUCAAUCUUGAAAUUGUUUUACUGGCUUGGAGCGCGCUUCGAUUUGUCUCUUCUCUUGCAAGCUGGUCUGAUGGUGACUGUGCAAUUGGUACUUCUGCGAGUCGCUUUGCAGAACCGCCCUCUUGCCAGCGCUGCCAGCAACAUCCACCAGCCAUUUGCAGGAUCCAGGGAAGGCGACACUCAUGUCAAACGACCUUUCGAGUUCUGGCAAUGGAGACAAGCAAAGCCAUACUGGAUGUUCCUAGCAUACUUCAGCGCUACUCUCUCGGUCUUGCAGAUUCUGUUUGGUCGCUUGGACUCGUACGUCGCCCUGCAAGGUUACGUUGCUCUCGGGAUUGAGGCAACGCUGCCCCUCCCGCAAAUCUUGUCAAACCAGAGAAACCGUAGCUGCAAAGGCUUCCGUCUCAGUGUUCUUGCCAACUGGCUGUUGGGUGAUGCCAUGAAGAUGUCGUUCUUCUUCCUCGCCGAGAGCACAAUCCCUUGGUCGUUCAAACUAUGUGGUAUCUUUCAGGCAUGCUGCGAUUCUUACUUGGGUGUGCAGUACUUGAUGUUCGGUGAGGGACCGGUCGAUAGCAUUGAUGGUCUUGCAAAGGAGUUGAAGAAUUUAAGUUGAGCUACGAUCAGAUGACGACAGCUUUCACGGACGAGAGCGACAGGCGCGUUGAGGCCAAGGCCUCGCAAGGUCUGGCAUGGCGGACUCAUUCGAAGGGGUUUUGACAUGUGAUACGCAAUGUUGGAUCAUGAAACAUAAAACAUACAAUGAAAGAUUUCCUUUUCCAUCA